AUGGUCAGAAUAGGUCAUAUGGCAUCAUAUUUCAUGCCGUUAUUCUGUUCUCAUAAACCGCAUAUUGUUAGUUUAGCGGUGAUCGUUACUGGAACUACAUUUUCUACCUUUUAUUGGAUGUCAAAGUUGUUGUUAAGUGAAUAUGAUGAUCCCUUAAUGUUUAAACCGAAUUCUCAAGACUAUUUUCGAUCCUCAUUAUUGGGGUUAUUCUCCCCAUUUUUAUAUUAUUUCAUUAAAGUAUUUCUUUUGAAUAUAAAUAACACAUUUGUUAUUGGGAAUAUAAUAACUGAUUUUUUAAUUAAUGAUUGGUUUAUGUUAUGUCUUCUUAUCAUGUUGGCUUACCCUCAAUUACAAGAACCUAUACAACAUUCUUCUGCAAUUAUUGUAGAUAAAAAUUCUUCAUUGUUUUCAGAACAUGAUAAUUCUAUGGAACAGUGGCAUAUUAUCCCUAAGCAAUCAUAUAUUUUUGGAGUAUCUUGGAGUUUAGGAGAAUUAAUAGUAUGUCUUAUUGCAAAUGUAUUUAAUUAUGAAGAGACUUCACCAUUAGAAAAUAAUGAAUCUAUUGAAGUCAUAAAUCCUAAUACAGAGACUAGCUUAAAUCCUGAUCAAUUAAUCGACAGAAAAGAGAUCACUUUAGCUAAAUGUGUUGGUUUGAGAAGAAACUCAUCUUCAAUUUCUUCAAAUAUUUACUAUAAUGAAGUAGAACCAUUGUUUCAACCAGGUCAAGCAUACAAUAACAUUAAAGGGUAUGGCUCAAAUUAUUUGUAUGAUGCAAGUAAUAAAUUAAAAUCAUUCACCAAUGUUAUUAUGGUAGAUCCUAUCGAUAAUUCCCUAAGGUUUUCCUCCUCUGAUAUCGAAGAGGGUUGGUGUCACAGACAUUCUCCAAGGCCGGCUUUAGAAUAUCGUUAUGGUUUCAUUUGGAUCAAAUAUACAUCAAGUGAAUCACAAUUUCCAUCUUUUUCUGAUGUUAAACUGUAUAUAGAGUUAACCUCUUGGAAGGCGAUUUUCAAAUCCUUGUUACAGUAUGGCUUAAUAUUAUCCAUGAAUAUCCUAUAUAUAGCAGGUCAAUCCUUUCUUUUAUCCAUUUAUUUCAUAUAUGUCCGUGGCCAUGAAAGAUUGUUCACCAAGAUUGUCAAUUAUUUUGGUAGUAAAAAUAUUGAGGUUUUUUUAUUGGUACUUAUAGUUCCGCUGUCUAUUAUUAAUCUUUGUAUAAGUAUUUUCGUGUUUCUAUGCAAUGAUGUCUUGGAAUGGGUAAACUUACAACUAAUAAACCAAGAUUUGAAUAAUAUCGAAUACAGUUUCUACCCAAGAGUAUAUCAAAAUCAUCAUGUAUAUCUACAGGACAGUAGAUCUAGUCAAUCACUAAACUUAAAUGACUCGCAAGCGUCCACCAUAAUGUAUCCAAACUUCCCACAAGAACUAAAUGGCACAACAGAAAAAAGAAACAGGAAGAAGUUUACUGAAUAUUAUAAAAAAUUACUCAGAAAAUGGGAAAAAACAGCCAUUCACAAUGAUUUUAUAUUGACUAACGUAAUAAUAUGGAGUAUGUCACUUUUCAUUAUUGGAAUAUUGAGUGCAGUUAAAAUUCCAGCUAUAAAUAACUAA